CAUAUAUACCUGAAUACUUUAACUCUUUUCUAUUUGUUUCAGCGUCAAACACAACUCAGACCACCACUUCGCCUCCCACCACAUCAGACCCAACACCCAAUCCCAGGCAAGCAGCAGCAUAGAGAAGAAGCGCGCGCCAUGUGGAACCCCUUCAAGGCCUUCUGGAAUUACCUUCUCUCCCUUCUUUGGGCAACAGAGAUGGAAGUCACCCUCGUCGGCCUGCAAAACUCCGGCAAAUCGACCCUGCUACAUGUCCUUGCAGGCGGCGUUUUCACUGAAGAUACCAUCCCGACAGUAGGCUUCAAUAUGCGCAAAGUGACAAAGGGCAGAGUGACGAUGAAGUGCUGGGAUUUGGGAGGACAGCCGCGGUUUCGGAGUAUGUGGGAGCGCUACUGCCGCAACGUCACAGCCAUCGUGUUUGUGGUCGAUUCAGCCGAUGCGAGUAAGCUGGCAACAGCAGGAACAGAGCUCCAUGGGCUGGUGCGGAAGGACACACUCAAGGGGAUUCCAUUGCUUGUGCUGGCCAACAAGAAUGAUCUCCCGGGACACCUGACUGUCGACGAGGUCAUUGAGAAGCUAGGACUCAGCAAGGUCGAAGGGCGCGAGGUGAGCUGCUACUCCAUCUCUGUCAAAGAGGGCAAGAACCUCGACUGUGUCGUCGAAUGGCUCAUGAGACGGGGCAAGUAGCCAUGGCGGAACUCCUCCAUCCAGCUAAAUCUGGCUCGCAUGUUUGCUUUUUUGCUAUUACUUUGGAAAUGACUUUGCCUACGAUGCCCCGUCUCAUCUUUCUCUGUUGUUUUGUGCAGCUUGUUGCUUUGGCCGUUACUUGACGAUGCGGGCGACGACCAAUUCCUUAUCCAGGACCAUUACCACCCUUCCCCUGUUAUGGUGCCGAUUGCCUCAUAUGCUGUGAUCGACCUCCAUG